AUGUCGAUAUUGACUGAUCUGGCAAACGGCGUGAAAGCAGAGUACACAGAAGUGAAGCGAGACCCAUUGUUUGCUAAAAUCAUAGCCAUCCACGAACACCGGCUGCAUUUCUCAGCUAAAAUGGUGCAUAGUUUCAUGACCAGGCAGCUUGUCACCGCAAAGAAGCAUGAGCUAUGGUUCGUCUUCGCAAGAAGGCCACUGCGGUUCUCUUUGCAAGAAUUUCAUGCUGUCACCGGUCUCAAAUGCGUAGCCGAUGGAAAUUCAGAGGAAACCAAUUGGGUUGACGAUGGAGGUUUUUGGAGUACAAUGUUAAAGACUCGUGGGAAGAUUAGCUUCGAGACAAUCAGAAAAAAGCAUCUCCAGGAGGCCAACACCUGGACUCGCGUGGAUAGACUCCGGUUGGUGUAUUUCUGCGUUGUUGGUCUGCUGAUGGCAAUAGAUGAGAAGAGCUUUGUUUCGCAUGAGUACAUCAGGCACAUCAUGGACAUUGAUAAGCUACGAGCUUAUCCAUGGGGUCUGCGCAGCUUUGACCAUCUAGUGGAUGGUGUGAUCAAAGCCAGAAGCGACUUGAGUAAACCAAGCUAUGUCUUGCAAGGUUUUGCAUAUGCUCUCCAGAUUUGGAUCAUGGAAGCUAUUCCAGAUUUUGGGAUUAUGUUGGGGAGGAAGCUCAAUGAGGUGGACAACAUCUUCCCUAGAUGUUCGAAUUGGACUGGGGCUGCAAGAGCAGGAUUUCAAGAGAUAAUCGACUUGGAGAAGACUCUAAGAAAAAACGGUCUUGUGCUAUACUCUUUCAUCUCAGCCACGGGCAACAUGGAUGUGAUACGGGAUCAAGACUUUGUCAGGACUGACGAAAUGAGGGAUGAAAGAGUUGAUCGGAUGGAGCAGCUCAUCAGUCAGAAUCAUGAUUGGAGUAAACGUCUCUGGGAAGCUGAAGAACCGGUUGACACAGAUCCUGCUCCGGCGUCUGCUCCGGCAACUGCUCCCGCUUCUGCUGCACAGACAGAGUCCGAGGUUGUGCAUAACAAGGGCGGUGAAAGCACUGAGGAUUUCAGAACGCCUUGCGGUGAGGUGACAUCGUCUUCUGGCUCGAGGACUCGAAAGAGGAAGGUCAUAGACAUAGGCGCUGAGCAACGCAAGAAGCAAUUGUUGUUUCAGCGAUCAGUUGCGAGUGCCGACCGUGGGAGUGAAUGUUUUAUGCGUAAUCUCUUUGCCGAGUAUGAGAAGAAAAUGACGGAGCAGAAAGACGAGAAGUACGAGAAGUUGGCUUCUGAUUUUGCAAAGCUUCAAGGGGUGGUGACUGAGCUUAAGGAUAUGCUCACAGAAGCAUUAUCCCGUGGAAACAACGGAGAGUCAUCCUCACAGUCAAAACCGGUGUCUCAAGUCAACUAUGAGCACAGAAGGAAGGCACAGUUUGAUGUUUCGUUAGACAAACUGGUAGACAUUAACCUAACCCAAAGCUCGGAGAUCAACUUUGGUGAGAAUACACAAAGUUAUCUCUUCAGAAAGCAAGGCCAUCUCUCACAAGACUCCUUUGUCCCCGGAUUUGAUCCAUCCCAGCAAUCCAAGGACAAAUCUAAGAAAUCGCAGCCGAGAAACCAAAAAGCAAAGGACAAAAACACAGCAGUGGAGAAUGUUAGUAAGGAAAAGGGGAAGAUCUCGCAGCAGAAAAAUGAGAAAGCUAAGGUGAAACCCAAAAAAGCGGAGCAUGUGAUUACGGAAAAGGAUACACAUGAAGACACGUCUAAGAGAGAAGGGAAGGCCGUGAAGACGGAACCAAAUGGUUCUACAAAAGAUCCUAAAGCCGCAGAAGUCGACUCCGAUACUGAAGACGUGUUGAAAGUACUUGCAUGUCUAACAAGACCGAUUAAACGCAGACCCCUUUACAGUGAUUCUGAUGAAGACCAGGACGAGGAGCGUUACGAGGAGCUACAUGGGUGGUCGCAGACAUUUGUGGACAUAAAGGUUGGUCCAAUGCUGCUCACAUGGGCGCUAUCUAACCGUGUUGUUGGUCCAGGUGGUCCAGAAAAAUGGCUAAAAAACGAGGAAAUUGAUGGCUUGCUCUAUGUAUUUCGUGAGAAUACGACUCUGAAACGAUGGGAUGUCGACAGAGUGGGGUUCAUGAACUUCAAUUUCGCAUGUUGUAUCAAGGCGGCGUAUGAGCAAUGGAAGAGUAUGAAGAAGAAGUUCGAAGUCAGUGAGUACCUCAUGGCUUUCGGCAAAGGUAUUCUGCCUGCUCACGGCAGAACCGACAAGGUUUGGGGAGUGGAUUUUGAUCGCAUAUACACUCCAGUGUCUGUAGGCGGCAACCAUUGGAUCGCCUUGUGUAUCAAUUUCUCGGAGCGGGUCAUUGACGUAUUCGACUGCAACGGAUUGAAAAGGUACAGGGAGGUGGACGCUUUCACGCACAUGGUGCCGCGUAUCAUGAAGGAAGUGCAGACAGGUGAAACGAAGAAAAACCUCUCUGUCGCCCCAUAUACCGCCAGGUACGUCCCAAUGCGAGAUGGGAUGAACGAGACCCAUUCUGAUUGUGAGGUUUACACGUUGAAGUUCAUAGAGUGUCAUGCGUUGGGACGAGAUGUGUCUUUGCUAAACGACGAAAACAUGAAGUAUGCUAGGUACAAGAUAGCGUCUGACCUACUUCAGGCGGGAAGGGAUGAGGUUUUGCUUGAGCGGAUGUCAAGGCAUGUGACGCCGGAGUUUGCUCCCACAGAGACCAUAGACAUUGGUUUCAUAUUUUUGUUGGUUUUUUUGUUACAAUUUCCUUGA